CAGAACAAUCCAGUAUGGGGGUGUAUUGUAGAAUCUUUUUGUUCAGGUACAGAGGGGUGGAACCAGCACAAUGUGCAGCCUCUGCCCUUGGUAUGGUAUAAAUGGUGGAUCUCGAGAGCAAUACACUGUUAAUUUAACUGUGGAUGAUGGCAGAGAGGAGCUUUUUGUUACAGUGUGUGCUGCUGAUUUUGCUGGGUCUUACACUGGAGACAACUUACACCCAUGCCUUCAUCCCCAGCCGUCUCCAGCAGCACAAAAUCCUCCACCUGGACUGGCCCAAAGAUUGUGGCCUGGCUCACUUCAAACCACACACUACAGAACGCAUUGUAUUAGGCAAUGAAGCCAGACCCCACUCAUGGCCAUGGCAGGUUUCACUGCAGGUUCGUCCUAGAGGCAGCAAGCACUAUGUCCAUGUGUGUGGUGGGACCCUGAUCCACAAAAACUGGGUGCUCACUGCAGCCCACUGCUUCCAGAAGGGUAAAGCUGAAGAUGCACGUAAUUGGCGUAUUGUUUUGGGGAAGCACCAGCUGAAGAAAUCUGAAACAGUCGAACGUAUUUUCCCUGUGAAGAGAAUCUACAGACAUGAGCAUUUUCACUACCCAGUGCACAGUGAACUGGACUAUGACAUAGCUUUGGUUAAAGCAGGCACAGAGAUCCUGCCCAGCAACUUUAUCCGCUACGCCUGCCUACCACGCAAGCAGACCAACCUAAAACCUGGCCAUUACUGCUGGGUAACCGGCUGGGGGGACACACGAGGUGGGAAAGAUAAUGUGUCACUGGCUGAGUCACUAAACCAGGCCCGUCUGCCCAUCAUCGACCACAAAACAUGCCAGCAGAAGAAGUUUUGGGGAAACCGUGUGAGGGAGUCCAUGAUCUGUGCUGGAUUCAGAGACACAGAGGGACCUCCUGCUGCCUGCCAGGGAGAUUCAGGUGGUCCUCUGAUGUGUCAGGUGGGUGAGGAUCGCUGGGAGGUGCAUGGUGUAGUGAGCUUUGGCCCCAUCGGCUGCACAGUGGAAAAUAAGCCCAGUGUCUUUACUCGCACUGCUGCUUACAUCCCCUGGAUUGAGGCCACUCGCAUCAGAGACUUCUUUUUCCACUGAUCUCUGCCUUCAGUGACCACAAAGUCUGGGACAAAUACGGCGUGACCAUAAUACUUGCACCUGGCAUGGGUUUAGUUCCACACAUUCACUCAUCAGAGCAGUCAGUUCUCUACUGACAUUAACACAGUUUCUGCUGCAGUGUGGGUCACGUCAGUGCAUUACUUAAAUGACUGUGCCACUACCAAGUCCUUACCAGCUUCCUUUAAGGGCAUUUUAGUUACCACCUUCUGCUAGUUUUAAAAACACAAUACAAUCCCCAAAUUAAUUAAUACGCUGGUAUUAGUGUCUAUUCUCAAUAAAAUAUUUGAAUUUGACCCAAAACAGCCUGCUGGGAUUGUUAUUAAUGUAAUUUAAGAUUUGCACAGCCCACUGCAUGUUUUAUUUUUUUGUUCGGAAAACCGUAAACUCUACAACUACAUCAGAAAUAUCACAACUAAUCUGCUCAUAUAUAUAUAUAUAUAUAUAUCUCAUCUCAUCUCAUUAUCUCUAGCCGCUUUAUCCUUCUACAGGGUCGCAGGCAAGCUGGAGCCUAUCCCAGCUGACUACCGGCGAAAGGCGGGGUACACCCUGGACAAGUCGCCAGGUCAUCACAGGGCUGACACAUAGACACAGACAACCAUUCACACUCACAUUCACACCUACGGUCAAUUUAGAGUCACCAGUUAACCUAACCUGCAUGUCUUUGGACUGUGGGGGAAAACGGAGCACCCGGAGGAAACCCACGCGGACACGGGGAGAACAUGCAAACUCCACACAGAAAGGCCCUCGCCGGCCACGGGGCUCGAACCUGGACCUUCUUGCUGUGAGGCGACAGCGCUAACCACUACACCACCGUGCUGCCCAUAUAUAUAUAUAUAUAUAUAUAUAUAUGAGUCCAGAGUACAAUCCGGGAAUACAGGGUGAGAGAUGAGAAUAUACCCAGUGACAGGUCUCGGGCUUAUUGUUUGGAUAAAACAUUUGCCAACAAAGGUUUUACUGUACAACUACAGUCUGAUCAAAGAAAGUGCAAGGACUAGCGGUUUGUAUAUAAAAAGUUCAAAAUACAAUCCAAAAUGAUUUUUAGGAACAUUAAAGAAAAUAUUAUUCUUUGGCAUAACAAAAGUCUCAACUUGUCACUAAACAUUCUGGUUUUCCCUGAAACAUCCGGUCUCCAA